AUGAAGUAUACAUACAAUCCACCCGCUAUGUUGCAUCCAUUAUCUACCGAAAUAUAUUUUACUUUUAACAAUGGGAAUAAAGUUCCGGCUUUUGGUUUAGGAACGGCCGCUCAGCUUAACAGAGUUUCUGAGACAAAACAAGCAGUGAAGGCAGCAGUUAAAGCCGGCUAUAGACAUAUAGAUACAGCCUGGGCCUAUGGUGUAGAAGAAUACGUCGGUGAAGCAUUGCAAGAACUUUUUGAAGAAGGUGUAGUGAAGCGCGAAGACUUACAUAUUACUUCGAAAGUGUGGCAUACUAUGUGGGAUGAAGUCGAUAGAUCCUUAAAUGAAUCUUUGAAAAGGUUGAGGCUUGAUUAUGUCGACUUAUUCUUGCAACACUGGCCCUUAUGUUCACAGAAAGUACACGAUCCUCACUUUGUCGAUCAAACAGCAAAAGACCCAGUUGAUGAAAAUGGGAAACCGUUGUACGACGAAAGAGGAGAUUGGAUUCAGACAUACAAGGAUAUUGAAAAAAUAUACUUAGACCCAAAUGACACCAGAGUUAGGGCUAUUGGUGUUAGCAAUUUCCCUAUCGAGUACUUAGAGAGGGUUUUGAAUGAAUGUAAAGUUGUUCCUGUUUGUAACCAGGUUGAACUUCACCCACAUUUACCCCAGAGAGAUUUAUGUGACUUCUGCCGUGAGCAUAACAUUUUAGUCACAGCUUAUUCGCCUUUUGGUGGCAAUGAUGCCCCUUUGUUAAAUGCUCCAAUCAUUAGAGAAAUGUGUGCUAAAUAUGAUGCGACCUCAAAUGAAAUAUUAACGUCUUAUCAUUUGAGACAGGGUACAAUAGUUAUUCCUAGAUCUCUAAACCCAACGAGAAUUGCAGCUAAUAAGUCAUUUAUUCCUUUAUCAGAAGAAGAUAUCAACAAAUUGAACGAAUUUGGAAAACAAAACCGCAAAAGAUUGAUUAACUCACCCACUUUUGCGGUCAUUCCAAGUUUCAAGGAGGACUUUAUAAGAGAUCAAAAACAGUCUUAA